GACAUGCCAAGAAAUAGAUAUUUCCUUUCGGAAACUAUUCUGCUUGGCAAUAUUAGAGGAGCUCAGUUAUUUUUCUCAAGCGGAAUACAUCCAUACAUUUUGAUUAUCAGGUCAACCAAAGUCUCCCCUUUCCAUCUGCACCUUCCUUGCUCAUUGUUAUCAUUCAUUAAAACUGGUCCUUACUCCUUAGUGCUGAGAUAUAUACUUGAUUACUUCAACUAGACAAGGGAAAAAAAGGGGAAAAAGAGCAAGACCGUUCCAAUGGAAAAACUGCUCUUCCUUAACGUUCUCUUGCCUUUGUUUCUUCUCCAAUUCUACCCUGUUCUGAUUCUCUCAGGUCCUUACGUUUUUCCAGAUAAAUACUUCAUAAACUGCGGGUCAUCUUCUUCUGUGAAACUAGGCAGCAGGAACUUUGUUGGUGACAAGAAUCCCAACUCCUUCCGCGUUGAAGAAGGCAAACCUGUAGAAGAUACCAGCCAGUCAGUCGGCUCAUCUCUCUACCAAACAGCAAGGUUUCAUACACGCCCAUUUUCAUAUAAAUUCGACAUCAAUGACGCAGGCCUACAUGUGGUACGUCUUCAUUUCUUUCCUUUCAUGUCAGGCCAGGUUAAUCUGGUGGAUGCUUUAUUCAAUGUUUCAGCUUCCAGUAAGUCUCUAGUAUCGAAUUUCAGUGUCAGAAAUAGUAGUUCUUCCCCUGUGAUUAAGGAUUUCUUGGUGCCUAUCAAUUCAACCAGCUUUAGAAUUCACUUCAUCCCGGCACAACAAACAUCUUUUGCUUUUGUGAAUGCUAUAGAAGUUUUUCUUGUUCGAGAUCUUGUGGAUAACCCAGCUUUUGUGACUUCGGCAGGAAGUCCGGGUAUUUACCGAGGUUUGCCCUCUCAGGUACUUAGAACAGUUCAGAGAGUUAAUGUUGGGGGUCAAUCCCUUCACGACCCAACCGCAGUAGCAUCAGAAUGGGUUGCUGAUGAUGACUAUAUAUUUAUUGGAAAUUUGGCAAAAAAUUGUAGCUAUUUUUCUGGUACACUGAACUAUGAUGAUGAACUAGGAGCCUUCCAAAACUUUGUCCCAGAUCUUGUCUACAAAACUUGCAAAGAAGUGGACCUAACUAAUAACCAGACAUCAAAUUCUACCAACAUUACUUGGCAUUUCAACGUCAGUAAGAAUGCUCGGCACCUUGUUCGGGUCCAUUUCUGUGACAUUAUUAGUUCAUCACCCAACAUUUUCACUUUCAAUCUCUCCAUAUACGGUAACUUCAGUAAAAAAAUCAAUCCUUACGACUAUACUGUUCAGACAGCAGUUCCAUUCCGCUAUGAUUUUGUGGUUGACUCAGGUGAUUCUGACUUUAUUAGUAUCAGUGUUGUCCCUUUGGACGGAUUCUUGGAAAAAAUUGCCUAUCUGAACGGGCUCGAAAUAAUGGAGUUCAUCACAGAACCAGGCUUGGAACUAGGGGGAAGUGAGCCAAAAAAGAAGCCUGUACUGUUUAUCAUAACUGGUUCAGUUGUUGGGGUUUUUGUUAUCUGUAGUUUGAUAGUGGUAUUCUUGUUGUGUAAGAAACGCAUAAAAAGAAAGCCUUUUGAAACCAUGGCUUCAUAUGGUACCCUUCCUUUUGGAGGAGCGAGCCCUUUUGUUGGAAUAAGCACUAAAUCUGUCAAUCCCCCUCCUGUUCCGAACUUAAACCUCAAACUAAAGAUGCCUUUUGCUGAAAUAAUAGAGGCAACCAAUAACUUUGAGGCUAAAUUGCUGGUUGGAGAGGGAGGCUUCGGUAAAGUUUAUAAAGGAACUCUUCGGAAUGGUCUCAAAGUGGCAGUCAAAAGAAGCGAGUCAAAACAUGGCCAGGGCCUUCCAGAAUUCCAAACUGAGGUCAUGGUUCUAUCCAAGAUUCGACAUCGCCAUCUUGUUUCUCUGAUUGGCUAUUGUGAUGAAGGGUCUGAGAUGAUACUGGUUUAUGAGUUCAUGGAGAAGGGGACUCUAAGAGAUCAUCUUUACAACUUGAGUGGGAAUCCAGAGAGAUCAUCUGCAUUAUCUUUAUUGACUUGGAAGCAAAGACUUGAAAUUUGCAUUGGUGCAGCAAGAGGUCUUCAUUACCUCCACAAAGGUGCAUCUGGUGGCAUCAUUCACCGUGAUGUUAAGUCCACAAACAUCUUGCUUGAUGAACAAUAUGUGGCAAAAGUUGCAGAUUUUGGCCUUUCCAAAUCAGGUCUCCCUGGUCCAGAUGAGUUCAGCACAGGAAUAAAAGGAAGCUUCGGUUAUCUUGAUCCUGAGUAUUUUAGAUGCCUUCAGUUUACAGAAAAAUCUGAUGUUUAUUCUUUUGGCGUGGUACUCCUUGAAGUGCUUUGUGCUAGACCAGCUAUAAUUAACUCAAAUAGGAAGGAGGAGAUAAAUUUAGCUGAAUGGGGACUGUUUUGGUUAAAGAAAGGGGAACUUGAAAAGAUUAUCGAUCCCUCAGUGGCUGGCCAGAUUAAUCCUAAUUCAUUGAGAAAGUUCAGUGAAAUGGUUGAGAAGUGUCUGAAGCCAAAUGGAGUCGACAGGCCUACAAUGCUUGAUAUCUGCUGGGACUUGGAAUACACAUUGCAACUACAGCAAACUGAAGUGCGGAGAGAGCCACACGAGGACAGCACAAUAGAUGCUUCUCUGAACAUGUCCUCACGUCCAUUUCAGCGUUUGCCUUCAAAUAACUUGCCAAUUGAGAAAGAUGAUGUGCCUAUGGUGAGGGAUGAUGGUUCUGACACAACAGCUAGUGGAGUUUUCUCCCAGCUGAGGAUCGAUGGUGGUAGAUAGUCUCAACUGGCUGCCAUAAUGAAUCAAGUCACUUUAUGUGGUCUGAGUUCUGGGGCAUCCCGGUGGCAUCAACCAUGGAACAGAGCUGCAAGAAGCUGUCCUUUUUUUUCUUUUUUUUUCUUGACUUUAAUUUGUUGUAUUAUCUGAUUUCCUUCAAUGGACAAAAUUUAAGCAAAAGAAGUCCUUUUGCUUCUGUAAGCAUCAUGUACGUUUAAAAAUAGACAACUUCCAAUGAACAAUCUUUUAUUCACAUAGCCAUCAUUCA